UUUUCUGUCCACGGGCCCUUCAUUGGCCGGGCCUGCGGAGCCUCUGGCAGCGAUUGGUGGUCGCUGCGCUGGGCUGUGGAGCGCGGACGUCUGAGUAGCGCUAUCUGGGCGUUGCGGCGCUUGGACCUUGCUGCUGCCAUGUGGAGGCUGCCCAACCUUGGGUUGGAAGACUUUCUCUCUGUAGGUGACACUUCUGGAACGGAGGAGGAUACAGACUCUGCUGUCUUGUACGGAACUUUGCGAGGAAGCGUUGUUGGAUUACGAUACUACACAGGGAUUGUUAACAACAAUGAGAUGGUUGCACUUCAGAGGGAGCCUAAUAAUCCUUAUGAUAAAAACGCAGUGAAAGUGAACAACGUGAAUGGAGACCAGGUGGGCCACAUAAAAAAAGAACUGGCAGCAGCACUAGCAGGCAUUCUGGACAGCAAACUAGCAGUAGUUGAAGGAGUUGUCCCUUAUGGAGCAAAAAAUACCUUUACCAUGCCUGUACAGAUGAGCUUUUGGGGAAAAGAAGAAAACAAGGAAGCAGUGCUGAAUGAGCUAAAAAAGCAUGGAUUUAAACUGGCUCCUCCUGUGAAAGAGCAAGCAGGUUCAGGAGGUGGUUUUGGAUCAAAGUGGGUUUCUGGGAGAGCUGGUCCAAGUUACAGUGCUCCAGCUCAUGCUGCUGUCCAGUUGACCACAGAACAGCUUAAAAGCGAAUUUGACAAAUUGUUUGAGGAUCUGAGGGAAGAUGACAAAACUUGUGAAAUGGAAGGAGCAGAGGCUGUUGGCACACCCUUGCUUCCCCAUCAGAAGCAGGCUUUAGCUUGGAUGGUUUCACGUGAGAACAGCAACGAUUUACCCCCAUUUUGGGAAGAGAGAAGUGACUUCUAUUACAACACACUUACCAAUUUUGCAGAAAAGAAGCGACCUCAAAAUGUCCUUGGAGGAAUACUAGCUGAUGAUAUGGGGCUGGGUAAAACACUUACUACUAUUGCACUGAUUCUCACAAAUUUUCAAGAUGGCAAGCCUCUUCCUGUUGAAAAGGUCACAAAUGCAAAGUUCUGUGAGGAAUCUGAUACUAACAGCAUGAGCAGCGUUGGACCUAGAGUAUGUAAAGACUCUAGCAGUGUGAUGGAGCCUGGUGUUUCAAGUGUGAAAAAACCUAAAACUGCUGUGUUGAAGCACUCAAGUUGUCUUCCAAAGAGAGGCAAAGCCAAGAAACCCAAAUACUCAGGAAGCAGUGACUUGGUAGAGUCUGAAGAAUUGCAGCUGCAAGAAACAGAAACAACUUCCUGUGUUACCCAAGAUAGUACAGACUUUGCAUCUGCACUUCUAACUUCAUCUACUGGUUUAAAAAGGAGAACAAAGAGAAAAGGUACCACUAGCAUUCAGUCAGUUGAGAGGGAAUGUUCUGAUGCUGGCCCCAGGGCAACACUGAUUGUAUGUCCACUGUCUGUCCUAAGCAAUUGGAUGGACCAGUUUGAACAGCAUAUCCACCAAGACUUUCAGGUCAAGGUUUAUGUUUAUUAUGGCUCUGACCGUAGCAAAGACCCCUCAGUCCUUUCAGAACAAGAUGUCGUCUUGACAACAUACAGCAUCUUAGCUACUGAUUAUGGAACCAGAGGUGAGAGCCCUUUACACAAAGUCAAGUGGCUGAGAAUCGUGUUGGAUGAGGGCCACACCAUACGAAAUCCGAAUGCUCAGCAAACUAAAGCUGCCUUAAAUCUGGAGGGACACAGAAGAUGGGUACUUACAGGCACUCCUAUUCAGAAUUCUGUCAAAGAUCUGUGGUCUCUUAUUUCCUUCUUAAAACUGAAACCUUUUACUGACCGAGAGUGGUGGCACAGAACAAUUCAACGUCCGAUCACAAUGGGAGCUGCAGGAGGGCUUGGGCGUUUACAGUCUCUUAUUAGGACUAUUACUCUCAGAAGAACUAAAACAAGCAAAGUCAAAGGAAGGCCUGUUUUGGAGUUGCCAGAACGUAAAGUACUUAUUCAGCACAUCACACUGACGGAGGAGGAGAGGCAGAUCUACCAGUCUGUGAAGACUGAGGGCAAAGCUGCUGUUAGCAGAUUUUUCAGGGAAGGGACUGUACUAGGUCACUAUGCUGACAUCCUUGGUGUCCUGCUCAGAUUAAGGCAGCUUUGUUGUCAUCCUCGUCUUUGCAUAAGUAUGCCUUCCAGUUUUCCAGCUGAUAAUACAACCCCUGAGGAACUGCGUGAAGCAUUAGUGAGCAAAAUGAAGUUGGUCCUGAGCUCUGGUUCAGAUGAAGAAUGUGCAGUUUGCUUAGAGUCCCUGACCCUGCCUGUGAUAACACGCUGUGCACACGUGUUCUGUAAGCCAUGCAUCUUUGAAGUCAUCAGAAGUGAACAGCCAAAUGCCAAAUGCCCUCUCUGCAGGAGUGAGCUUAGAGCAAAGCACUUGGUGGAAUGUCCCCAGGAAGAGGAAGCAGACUCCAGUGAUGGGGAGAGCUCUGAUCAGGGAUGGACAUCCAGUUCAAAGAUAAAUGCUCUAAUGCAUGCUCUGAUAGAACUGCGGAGGGAAAAUCCGACUGCUAAGUGCCUGGUGGUUUCUCAGUUCACAACUUUCCUCUCACUGAUAGAAAAGCCCUUAAAAGAAUCAGGGUUUGCCUUUACUCGUUUGGAUGGUUCAAUGGCACAGAAGAAAAGAGUGGAAGCAAUUCAGUGUUUCCAGAGCAGCCAAGCAGGAUCUCCAACUGUAAUGCUUUUGUCUCUGAAAGCAGGUGGAGUUGGAUUAAAUCUGACAGCAGCUUCCCGAGUGUUUUUAAUGGAUCCUGCUUGGAAUCCUGCUGCAGAGGACCAGUGCUUUGACAGAUGUCACAGGCUGGGUCAGAAGCAUAACGUUGUUAUUACUAAGUUCAUUGUGAAGGAUUCAGUGGAAGAAAAUAUGCUGAAAAUUCAAAAGAAGAAAAGGGAACUUGCAGCAGGAGCCUUUGCUACCAAAAAGCCUUCAGCAAGUGAAGUAAAACAAGCCAAAAUUAAUGAAAUUAAGACUCUGAUUGAUUUAUAGCUUGGAACUAUGGUAUUUUGAGCAAAUAAUACAUUUAAUAUUUUAGUUAAUAUUACCCUUCAAGUUACAAUGGCUCAUGCAAACUUUUGCUAUCUUUGUGUUCAAAAGAUAAAGGCUUCAAAUAAAUGAUAAAAACAACUUUGCUCCUGAAUGUUCAUUUAGAAAUGCACAAACUUCUUGUGCACUCCUGAAAUCUUUCUACUGUCCAUGUCUUUGAAAUGCUACUUAGUCUGUACAGUGCUUAAGAACACAUUAAAACCUCUUCAAAACAGAAAUGCAUAUUCACACAUUCUGACUUACAGACUCCUACAACCAUUCAGAUUGGAAAAGACCCUUGAGAUCAUCAGGUCCAACCAUUAACCCUCCUCUACCAAGUUCAUCACUAAGCACCACAUCUAAGUGACCUUUGAACACCUCCAGGGACAGUGACUUAACCUGUUCCAAAGCUUGACCACUUUUUCAGUGAAAGAAAGUUUUCCUAAUAUCCCAUCUUACCCUACCCUGGUGCAGCUUAAGGACAUUCCAUCUUAUUCUAUCACUAAUAACCUGUGAGAAGAGACCAGCACCUACCUCUCUAGAAUUGUCCUUUCAGGUAGUUGUAGAGGGCAAUAAGGACUCCACUCAGUCUCCUCUUCCUCAAACUAAACAGUCCCAGUUCCCUCAGCUGCUCUUCAUAAGACUCUUUUAAGGGUUGCUCUGAGUUGUCACCAUCUAAGGAACACCAUAGAUUAGAUGCUCUUUAGAGGCAAAUGGAGUUCCAAUACUUGAGUCACAAUCUAAGCAGUUAAUGCUUUGAGUACCUACAGUUUUCCAGCAGAAAAUGGUUUGAUGCAUCAAGUGAUGCUAUUACAAAGGACAAAAAGAGUGCAGUUUUUCUGAAAAUGCUGCCUGCAGUAACUAUGAAGGAAACAGUGGCAGAUAAUGACAUAGAGGCCAUUCUAUUGAAAGUAAACUGCAUAGAGUUUGGUAUAGGUCAUACCAUUUGCUUUCCUGAGGCUGUAAGAUAAACACUUGACCAUAGUAUGAGUCAAAGAGGCUAGGACAGAAUGGUUUUAGAAGUUUUCUUUCUUUACUAACUACAUCUUUUGACCAAAAACAUGCAGGUUUUUACCUUAUUCAGCAUCUCUCCUUAUUUCUCCUACUAAUGUAACAAAACUUGCAUGCUAAACCAGAUUUUUAGGUUGGAAUAGUCUCAUGCCCUUAACACUUUCAGUUUUCUCCAACCAAACUUAAAAAAACAAAACACAACACCAUGUCUAUU